AUGAACAUCCAUCCCACCCCCCCGUCAACGGCCCUUUUCGGGAUGGUGGUCUUGGCCGCCUCGUGCGCUCUGCUGGUGUCUGCCCAAGGCUGGCGCGAUUACACUAAAGUAGACCUCCUCUGCGGCGGCGGAAGAACACAGGCGCUGUGCGGGACGGCCAUCAAGACCGGCUACUCCGUCAUCCUGGCCACUCCAGUCGACCCAGCUAACGGCAAAUUCAACUGUGUCAACUCGCGCUCCCCGGACAAGAUGUGUUGUGCUCCCCGCACCGCUCCUUUGGACAGCGUGGAUUCAACUCCGGUCGACUUGUCCACCGACGCAUAUUCUCGAAACUGCGAACCCAAAAAUGACUCGACUAAAUAA